GAUGUCCGUACUCUCGGGACAAAUAGCCACAUUCGAUCUUCCUGUCCCAAUACUUAUUGAAUCCUCGCAAGAGAGAAGACGUGCGACUUCAAUUCAACAAGUCAGCAUCAGACAGAAUGGAGAGGUUUAAAUGUAGCAGAAGAAAUCAGACGUGGAUGUGUUGUUUGUUUUUAGUUUGCAAUUUAUCAUUUCUAGUACCAUCACAAGCGGACGAAGAUGUUCGAAUCUCGAACUCAGAAGGUUUUGACGCGCUUGUUGGCGCUCUGAGCGGGACGUUGGACCUCAAUGAACCGGCAAAAGACAAAACAUCGAGCUCGAGCGAAUCACUAAAAAGCAUACUCGGACUGGAAGAAACAGCUGACCAGGCACAUCGCAGACGCAGAAGCAUUGUUAUCAGAAAUGGCCCUAGUGGAAGGUUGUCUGUUCAAGGUCUCACAGCCAGUCAGAGCUGUGACGGGAUCACUGUGUCGUGGCUUCCACCCAGCGUUCCUUACAGCUCGAUGUAUGAAUACACUAACUCAGAAUUCAAGUACUAUAACAUAUACCGGAGUACAUCGUUUUUCAACGACGUCACAGGUAUGCAGCCCUACGCCACGGGUCAGCACGAGGAGGCGCUCAGGCGCGUACAGGUCACUUCCUGGACGGACCGCUACCCUGUUGCUAUGACAACCUGGUUCUAUGCUGUCACUGUUGUGGAUGGUAGCGGCCAGGAAGGCAAACAAGUCACAGCUCAAAAGGUCCAGCGUAUCCCCGCCGUGCAAAAGGAGGGCAGCCCUGUUAUUAUGAUGCCCUCACUUCUCCAAGGCCGGGUUCUCCACCACAGCAUGGCGUAUAAUCCCAACAGGAACGAGUAUUUCGUGGCCUUUGAUCUCGAUAUUAACGGCGACAACCGACCGGACCGCCUGUAUGGAGUAAGACUCAAUCCGUCAGGAGUCAUUAUGGAUAAAACGAUACUGAAUUUCACGGCAAAUAUCCCUGGAUGGGUUGGCGGUGAGCAAGGCUGGCCUUCAGCUGUAUUUAAUCCACGCCACAAUGAGUUCUUCGUGUUGUUUCACUUCCGGUCUAUGAGGCACUUCUUCCGGAAGUUCGUCAUACUUGGUCAGCGGGUGAUGUCAGCCAAGACGGAGAGAGCGGCAGCUCCAACGCUUGUUGUCAAGGCCACGUCUAAUAAUGGCAAAAAGAAAGCGGACGCCAAGGAACCCAAACUUCUAUACAACCCUCAAACGGGUGGGUACGUAGCGUCGGUGAUAAUAGCAAUGCCCAAGAAGGAUGUCGCAUCCUUGUUUCUGGACAGAGAUGGCCGUAUGCAGGCCUCCGCUCAGAUCUGCAGCUUCAAGGGCCACGCUUACGAACACAACCUCUUCCUGGACUCCAAACGCAAUGAGUUUUUCUUCACGUGUUUAGUCGAGACCCGCGGAGCGAAAAUGCUCAACGUCAAGAUGGAGAACAAGCCGUACGUUCUGGUUAUGACGAAGAAAAACGCUACUGGGGGUCACGCGUCCAACAUACCCAACCCAGAGACAAAAAACAUGGUCAGCUUCACUACAAAGCGAGAUGGUCACGUGGAAGGCUAUUAUAGCGAGAAGAAAGAUAGGCUGAUGCUUUUCUGGGAAGACAAUGUAAAUGGCCGACAUGUCAUACGAAAAGCGAUUGUUGGGCUUUCUACCAAGUUCUUCGCUCGUGAGGUCAGCCAAGAAGUUUGCACCGUCACCAAGGAAGUACGCACCCCUGUCCCCCUACCCCUCCCCUUGUCGGGAUCACAUUACUUACUCUGGCAGGAGAGGGAUCGCACAUCUUGGAGCAUUGGAGGCCAACUGCUGAAAGGAAGCUUCAAUCUUGCUAACCGAGAACAAAGGUUCCCUGUGGUUGUACAUAACAUGCGCUCUGAUAUGGGAUUUGUCGUUUGGCAAGAAGUCUUUGGUAACCAAGUCAAGCUUGUAGGUAGACACUUCCAGUACUCAUCGUCUUAUACGUGCACGCCGCAAUGCACGGGUGAUCAGCAGUGCUACCAGCAAAACACAUGCGCAAAACCGAUAACUGGCUGCUCCUCAAGGCCUUGUAGUCACGUGUGCAAAACGUUGCCAGAUGGGAGAUAUAGUUGCGCAUGCCCAAAGUACAUGCACCUCGCCGCUGAUGGAAAGACGUGCACAGGAGGACUCGAGCCGUGCUUCGGCAGAACUCCACUCAAGGACUCGAGUAACAAUAAUCUGUUUUGCGGGCGUGGUGCGGGACGGCGGGACUGUCCUGCGGGAUCGUUCUGUCACAUCCACCCUACAGACCGUUUUGCCGUCUGUUGUAAAGAUCUCCUCUCGAGUUACACGAUCCUGAUUCCCUCCAAUGGGAUUGUUUGGCAAGCGUCUGUCAAUCCUGGUCAGCGGAUGGCUGCGCUGCGUCGCCUGCCAAUCACUCAAGGGAUUAUGGUGGUAGCCAUGGCGCACGAUCCUGUGGAUAAGCGUGUGUACUGGAGUGACGUCGGCGCUCAGAAGAUCAGCCGCGCAUAUCUUGACGGAAGAGGCGAGGAGACGAUUAUCACAACUGAUAUUGUUGUACCGGAUGGAAUGGCACUUGACACAGUGGAACGCAGGAUUUACUGGACUGAUAUCGGUCGCAAGCGUAUAGAGAGAGCCCACUUUGACGGAUCACACAGGGAAGAGCUGGAAAGAGCGGGACUCGACAAUCCCCGAGGGAUCGUCCUCGCUCGGGCGCGCAGGCAAAUGUAUUGGACCGACUGGGGCGCCAACCCGAGGAUUGAACGCGCUUCAAUGGACGGUGGACAGAGGAAGACUAUUGUCAGCGGAGCACUGGGGUGGCCGAAUGGGAUCGCUUUGGACGAACCGUUAUCGCAACUCUACUGGGCCGACGCCAAACUUGAUAAAAUUGAGACCAGCGAUCUUGAGGGUAGAAACAGAAGGGUUCUUGUUGGUGGCGGCGUUGCCAGCCAUCCAUUCUCUAUCGUUAUAAUCAAGAACCGGUUGUUUUGGAGCGAUUGGGAGAGAAGUGGUGUUGUUAGCGUGGAUAAACACACCGGGAAAGACGAGGAAUUGAUAGUCGAGGGAAUGCCACAACCCAAAGGCAUCGCGGUGUUCCUCCCCACAGACCCAGUAUCUUUGUCCUGUCCGGAUCCUGGACCACCCGAUGAUGGAAGUCGUCACCCCUUGCCACGUCCGUCGGGUGACUAUGCUUCCGGUACGAGCAUCUUCUUCUCGUGUAACCCGGACUUCGUGCAGAUUGGAGAGAGCAAACGAGUCUGCAAGAGCGACGGAAAGUGGUCUGGAGAACCUGUGCGAUGCUCAGCUCGCCCAGUAUUUACCGCGACGCCAAAGAACACAACGGUCUCAGAGGGUGACAGUCCUCUCCUCAAGUGCUCAGCCUACGCAGAAGGCAGGCUAAUGGCGGGGGAGAGGAGGGUUAAAUGGUUCAAGAACGGGAUCGAGAUUCCGAGUUUAUCUGAAGGCCACUAUUUCACAGCAUCUGAAGGGCAUUUGGUUUUUCUCGUGGCUCAUUACUCGGACCGCGGCAUGUACACCUGCAAAGCCACUACUCCCGCGGCGACUAUCGAGGCCAGUGCCUACCUCAGCGUGCGAGGAAUUGUUAGAUUGCCGGAAUGCGGUAACCCUCGCUUUGAGACGCGCUUACGUAUUAUUGGCGGACGGCAGGCGGGGAAAGGUGCGCACCCCUGGCAGGCCAUGCUGUGGAACAAGGCGAAGAAAAAGCACUUUUGCGGCGCGACUCUCAUCACCAACAGAUGGCUCAUUACUGCAGCUCACUGCGUAUACGCCCCAGGUACCAUGAUGCCUUCGCUGAUCAAGGUCCGUCUCGGCAAGCACAUUCGUCAGAAGAUCGAAAAAACCGAGCAGUCGUACGACGCUGAAAUGUACAAGAUCCACCCGCAUUACUCUCCCGAUUCGUACGACUCUGACAUAGCGCUUAUUCGUCUCGCUCAACCGGUCACCUUCACGGAUUACGUCAAGCCUAUCUGCCUCCCAAGUGCAGCGUCGGACUACGCUCAGCUCCAGGCUAACGUGUCGGGGACUAUCAGCGGCUGGGGCAAGCGCAAACUGUGGCGCGACAGAGUGGCGAAUCGCCUGCACGAGGCCACUGUACCUAUUGUGGAUAUACAGACGUGCCGCAAGGCCCACCCGGAUUAUAUCGUCACCGCUAAUAUGUUCUGUGCGGGAUUUGAAAAUAGCAGCAGGGGCGACGCCUGUCAGGGCGACUCCGGAGGUCCAUUCUCUGUAGACAAUCCCCUACCGGCCACCCCUAAAGGACAACAUCGCCACGUGCUGCUUGGGGUGAUCUCAUGGGGGGAUGGGUGCGGCAAGUUUGGCAAAUACGGAGUAUACACGCGUCUGUUUAAUUUUAUAGACUGGAUUUUGAAUGAGAUAGAUUGAAUAUGGUUAAGCGUCAAAGACAGCGCCGUAGCAGGGGGAUGGGGCGUGGAACUAUUUUUAUAUAAAAGCCCCGUUUUCAGAAUUUCUUCUGCUGCGAUCAAGUAAAACUGGUCUUUAGUAACAAGGUAACACUAAUACGCUGAGGUUUGCAUUUCAGAAUAGAUCAAUAAAGGGGUCAGUUAAAAGUUACAUCCACCGUCACCAUUGUUUCUUAGUAUUAGAUUAGUAAGAAAGAGACCCUUUCAGGCAGCAAGUGGUUCGAUUAUCAACAGCCAGAAAGAGCAAAAUCUAUGAAACAUAAAUAAUGAUUAUAUAAAAAUAUCGUUUGUGC